GCACUCCUCAACUCCUCGCCCAUCUCACUUGGUCAGCAAUGCUCGCCGCUUUCCUCCUCCUCGCUGCGGGCGCUUCGGCCCUUGUCCACCAGUCGCCGCUUAUUGACGACGCGCCGCGCGUCAAUGUUUCGCUGUUUGUCAUGAGUCGGUGUCCUGACGCGCGCGUCUGUGAGAAUGUCUUCGAGGAAGUCCUCAAGCUCGACCACAUCCUUUCCAAGGUCCAUCUCGAGGUAGACUACUUGGGGCACAUCGACAAGAACGCCCCAUACGGCGUCGAGUGCAUGCAUGGCGACCUGGAAUGCGCUGGUAACGCCCAUCAGCUCUGCGUCCGUGCGCACGCUCCACUCGACAAGUUUUACGCCACCCUUAGCUGCAUGAACUACGGCAACUUUCCGGGCUCGAUUGGCACCGUUGCGCUUACCAAGAGAUGCGCCACAACCGCGGGCAUCGACUGGUGGCGCAGUGGCGUUGGUAGUUGCAUCGAGGGCAAGGACGCGGAGAAGGCAGGCCGGCUCGCCGAGCGCGAGGCGUGGCUCACCGGCACUGAGAUCGAGCUCCCUUCGCUUCCGGACCUCGACGAGCUGGAUGAGUGGGCCGAGGCCGCUGAUCUUGACCACCUGGAUGAAGAAGGACAGAAGCGCUUGCGGGACUCCGUCAAGCACACAAUCAAGGAGGGUGUUACGAAGAGCUGCACCAUUCGCAUCGCUAGUACCCUCAAGCAUGCGCCGCGGGAGUGUGUGGUCGACGGUGGCGUGUGGAAGGGUUGCGAUGACGGCCACGCUGCAUCGGACUUUGCCCGAGUCAUCCGGCAGGAAUGGGACAAUCUGCAAAAGUAGUCACCACCAGCCUACCCUCGGACCCACGAGCUCCAGUGAGCUCCGGUGAGCGCACCUGGACCGCAUUGUACUCUCCUAUGCAUGUAUCGUUACUGUCA